CGCCGCAUUCGCGGAACCGCGAUCGGUCAUUGUGGUUCGUUGGUGUCGAUUGUUGUAGAUCAAGAGAGCGCAGUGACUACCUUUACGGUUUUUUUUUCCGCCAGACGCUUUAAUCGCCAUAUAUAUUGUGCCGUUUCAAGAUGACGAUCGCCAGAAGCACGUUGGCCGAAAGCCUCCGGGAGCUGUACCAGUUCAGUGUCGUAGACUACUGCGUGUUUGCGCUGAUGCUGAUCUUUUCGGCGGCCUGUGGUAUCUAUUUUGGAUUCUUCAAACGUUCGAUCGGUGCUGACGAUGAAGUGACACCGGAGAGCAGUAGCAGCGAUGACGACGAAAGCGGCCACCAGCGGAAAAAGAAAAAAACCACCAGCACCUUCGGUUCGUCCACGAUGGACGAGUAUUUGCUGGGUUCGCGCAAACUGAAAGCAUUUCCGGUGGCGAUGAGCCUGGUGGCCGGCUACAUUUCCGGUGUUACGAUUCUGGGAACGCCGGCAGAGAUCUACAACUUCGGCACACAGUACUGGCUGAUAGUGCUGCCUAUUCUGCUCAUGGGGGUUGCCGUUUGCACCAUCUAUUUGCCGGUGUUUUGCUCGUUGAAGCUUAACUCUUCCUAUGAGUAUCUCGAGUUACGUUUCAACAGCUACGUCCGCUCGAUCGCUUCUGUGAUGUUCGUCCUCGACGAGCUAUUUUUCCUCCCAAUGAUUAUCUACGUUCCCGCGUUGGCCUUCAAUCAGGUUACGGGGUUCAAUCUCUAUCUGAUUGGCGCGAUCGUUUGCGUGGUUUGCAUCUUCUACACGCUACUGGGCGGAAUCAAAGCGGUCGUGUUCACAGAUGCGUGGCAGGUGGUGGUGAUGUUCAUCUCCGUCGUGGUCGUCGUUAUCAUUGGUACGAUCGCGAUUGGUGGUCCCGAUAUCAUCUGGGAUCGGUCUCUUGACGGUGGUCGCAUCGAUUUUUUCAACAUGAGUCCCUCGAUGUAUGAGCGGCAAACCUUCUGGGCGGUGCUGAUCGGCGGCUUCUUCUACUGGACAUCGUUCAACUCCGUCAAUCAGACGAUGGUGCAACGCUACAUGUCGCUGCCGAAUCUCAAGAAAGCGAAACUCUCUAUCGCCAUGUUCACCGUCGGCAUGGGAGUGUUUGUGUCGGUUUGCUGCUACGCCGGGCUGCUACUGUACGGCAAGUACUACGAGUGUGAUCCGGCCUCGGUUGGGCUGGUGACGACGGAUGAUCAACUGUUUCCGCACUACGUGAUGGAGGCGGUGGGCAAGCUAAAGGGCAUCCCGGGACUGUUUAUUGCCGGUGUGUUCGGAGCCGCCCUCAGUUCGCUCUCGGUCGUACUGAACUCUACCUCAGCCGUGCUUCUGGAGGAUAUCCUGAAGGGCUUAUUUCGCGUUAAUCCGACCCCGUUCGUAGCGAACGUCUUUGUACGGGGCAGUGUCGUUGUGCUGGGAUUGGCCGCGAUGGGUUGUCUGUUUAUUAUCGAAAAAUUAGGCGGCAUUUUGAGUGUAGCCACGUCACUUUCUGCCAUUGCCGCUGGAACCACAUGUGGCAUUUUCACGCUCGGUAUGUUGGUGCCAUGGAGUAAUGCCAAGGGAGCCCUGUUCGGUGGUAUUUCCGGUGCGCUGUUGUCCGGGUGGGUCUCUCUCGGCAGCCAGUUUGCUGGGGCCGCUGGGGAGAUUGCGCCUCACAAGUUGCCCGUUUCGAUCGACGGCUGCAUCGAGGAUCUGGUGACGAAUAUGACUUUAGUGAACCCAGUAUACCCGGACGAAGGAGACGUCUUUCCAUUGUAUCGAUUAUCGUACCACUGGAUCACACCGAUUGGUGUGCUGACGGUACUGGUGGUCGGUACGAUCGUGUCCUUCGUUACCGGCCCUCGAGAUCUGCGUCACAUCGAUCCGGAGUUGAUAUCACCGGUCAUCCAUCGCUUUUUACCGCAAGAAUCGUUCGGAAACUAUGGUACCACUAGCAGAACUACGGAGGGACCGCCGGCCAAUUUUUGUGAGGAAAUGCAACCCCAGAGUAGCGGCAGUGGUGUAGGAAGUGUUCCCUAUGGAACGACGACGACGCUAGGACGAAAUGAACAGUCACCGAAAUCUCGAUGAUGAAGCAGUACUCCUCUUUUGCUGACGUAGUCGAUGGAGUAAUCAAAAUCAGGAAGCGACCUACGGGCGAGAUGCGACAAUCACUCAUUACGAAUCACUUGUCCGCCCGAACGUCGAUCUUUGAGCGAUCGAGCGUGGAAUUGACUGUCAUCGGGUAGAAAUCAUCUGCGCAGGAGACGAGCGAAACCAAUUAUGUCUCCGAUGUCGCCAUCUUCAUUGUUCACCACUUCAAGACUGUGUACAAAUCAUAUCAUUUGUGUUUACUUAAAUCUUCCACUAGGCAGUAGGAAAAAGCAUUAUCGUUGCCAAAUUCCAAAACCGCAGUCUUGUCCUGCGAGAGUAUCUUUUCAUUUGUUGUUUUUGGGUUAGACGCGUUCUUUUUAAAAGUAUUUUUCAUUUCUAUACUUUGUUAAUAGUUCGUAGUUCCCAUAUUCCCAUUUGUAUGGGGAAUACACGCAAUCUGUGAUACAUUAUGGUGCAAAGGCGGAAGCAGCAAGGUCGAUCCACUUUCUUGCUCCUGUCGUUGUUGAGGACAGUUUGAGUGUUGUUUGGUUUGUUUGUUUUCGGCGCUGCGUAUUGUAGGCAUUGGUUAGGCAUCGUGUCUAACGCACCGUACUUACUGGGAAUCGAUGUUUUAUGAAAAUAGAAAUA